AUGUCUCCGUCAAUCAACGAAUCCAUCGUCGAGCUGAUGUUUCUGGCUUCGAAGAUUAGCAGCCCGGCCGACCGGGUCCGGGUGACGGAGUGGAUCAAGAAACUGUCGGAAACGGCCACCGAAGCGGAUGUCCAUUCGAAACUGGUGGAAGAGUACCUGGAGUAUUUGAAGAUGUUGCUGUCAUCGUCGCCAAUUUACUUCGUGGAUCCAUUCAAGAACUAUCCUCCGAAGCAGAAGCUGGCUCCCCUGGCCGAAUCGCUGGGUAAUUCUCUUGCCAACGAGUGUCCGUACCUGCCCCGAUCUGGGCCGCUCAAGCCGAUUGUGCUGCAUAGGUCCGACGACGACACAGCGGUUAUUUCCGUUAAUCAAAAUCAGAAUGGUGAAGUGCUGUGCUAUAUGGCAAUUGCCCCUCGAAACGAGUAGGAUUGUGUUGAUGCGGGGGAACAAAUUACACUGAGUUUGAUUAACUAUA